AGUCAAAUCAGUCUGUCUAUAAAAUAAAAAGAAUUUUAAAAAAGAAGAUCCCCCUCUCUGUCCCCCCCCUCCUCGAUCGCUCUGCGCUCUCAUCCUCGCCUGGGUACAGGAUUGCGUGCCCGCUCGCGCAUGCACACACACGCGCGCGCGGUGGGAGUGUGUUGGUUUGUAUGAAAUGUGCGCGUGCUCCUGGCUCGCGGCACUCACAGUGGAUGACUGUCUGUGGCGAGGCGGAGGGAGACACUAGUCCGCUUCUGCGCGCCGCUCCUCCAUUGAAAGUGUUUUAUUUUUCUGCGCGGAACACCACCGAGGGGUGAGUUCAAUGCGGCGAGCCACCGACGGUUCUGGUCCGGUCGGGCCUUGAUGUCCCGCUACUGUCUGAGUGUUUCGGUAGGUGUGUGUGUUGGGGGGGUCUUCGUGUGUUCGGGCCGGUGACUAGAAUGCGGUCUCUUUUCUCCCCCUCCAUUUGUUUCGUGUGUUAAACUUCUGUUGGGUUCUAUGGGGGAUGGGCACAUGGUGACAGACUAAACUUUAACCACUUCACACCGGCUUCAUACCUCCUAGUGCCCACCCACCCCCUCUCCGGUCCCCCCCGGUGACUUCACGAGUUCUCGGCUCAUCUCCCUCCCCACCGGCGUGCCUCAACUUGCGCCAAAAAACUCACUGGCGCGUGGAAGUUAAAACGUCCUCCGCAUCUGCAAAAAAGAGGCCCGCGCGGGCAGUGGGCGAUUCGGCUCGCCGCGCGCCGUUCUGUCGGUAAACGGGUUAAGUUUUUUUUUUUUUUUGUGCAGCCGGCCCCCUUUUUUAGUUUCGUCUCCCCUCCUCUCCUCUCCUCUCUGCUCUCCUCUCGCCAUGCCGGAUCCAUCCCUCCGUCUCGCCCACAGUUGCAUCGUUUUUGUGUCCCGGAAUGACCUGUUGAUGUCGGGUAAAGAUGAAGCGUCGGGAUUAUCCUCCGCUGUAGAGCCCGCUCCAUCUCCCCGGUAAACGACAAAUAUUGCCGUAAACGGUCAAACAUGCGUCGAUAUCAAAUUGAAGCUUAAAAAAAUAAUAAUAUCAGAACUGUGUAAUGUCUGGCUGACCUGUACCGAGUCACCUGCAGCGGCGGAAGGAAUUCGGUCGAAACCGGUCAUUUGUAUGUCCUCCAUCGGGGUUUGAGGACAGCAGACGUCCAUAAAUCAAUAUUUUAUUUUAUUUUAUAUUUUUAAAGAAAAAGGCUUCUUUAACUUGUCGCCUCCUCCGCGGCCAGCCACAGACAACCCUCCCCGGGCAUGGAGACUGGCACUCCGCGGGGUUACCCAGCGCUCCCCGCGGGGCCGUCCUGCUCUUCGCCCGGGUGUCUCCCCGCAGCUCGAACCGCUGACAACGAUCAUCGUGUCGCGCGCGGGGUUAAUAGAUGCAUUAUUGAUGCGUAUAAACGACUCUUAGGUUGUUGUUUUUUUAAGUUUCUGCUCCAGUGGAGCGCAGAGGAGGCUACGCUGAAGCCACGUUGUUGUGCCUGCAUCCACUCGUGGGGACGAACGCCGCAUCUUCGAGGCUAAACUCUCGCAUUAGAGGUCGGAGUGUUCACCGUGGCAUUUCUACCGUCUUUAAGCCUUCUAGAUCCUGUGGUGCUGCACAGAUCGUUAUGGCUCAGACGCUGCAGAUGGCAAUCCCUAACUUUGGCAACAACGUCCUGGAGUGCCUGAAUGAGCAGCGGCUGCAGGGCCUCUACUGUGACGUCUCUGUGGUUGUCAAAGGACAUGCCUUUAAGGCCCAUCGAGCAGUACUAGCAGCCAGCAGCUCCUACUUCCGGGACCUGUUCAACGCCGGCGGUAAGAGCUCGGUGGUGGAGCUGCCUCCAGCCGUGCAGCCGCAGAGCUUCCAGCAGAUCCUGGCCUUCUGCUACACGGGCCGGCUCAGCAUGAACGUGGGAGACCAGUUUCUGCUCAUGUACACCGCCGGCUUCCUCCAAAUCCAGCAGAUAAUGGAGAAAGGGACUGAGUUUUUCCUCAAGGUCUCCUCUCCAAGCUGUGACUCCCAGGGUCUCCACACGGAGGAGGCCCCGUCCUCCGAGCCUCAGAGUCCUGUCAAUCAAACAGCUGGGGGGGGUGGAAGCAGUACAGCGGCUGCGACGGUGGGGAGGCCCGCCUCCUGCCUGACGCCCCUACCCCUGGUGUCUAAAGUGAAGACCGAACAGGGAGCCCCCACGCCUCAGCCCGCGCCACAGCAGCAGCAAGAGGGCUCUCCCUAUUCUGUGGUCUGCACCCCCGUAGCCAAGCGGCUAUGGGAGGGGGGGAGCCGAGAUGGAGGAGGGGGGUCUGGUGGAGGAGGGGGAGGUGGAAUGAGGAAGGCUGCGCGGUACUCCUCCUCCUCCUCUUCUUCCUCAUCUUCCAACACAGUAACACAGGACGGUUUGGGGCGUGGAGCAACAGCUAACGCCGCCAUGGCGUGCAGCGGCGGCAGUGGGGGUAGCAUCUCUUUAGGGGGAGGACCUGGACUGAACAACCACAACAGCAGCAACCACAUCAGCAGCGGGACGCCUGAGGGCACCAGCCCGGGCACACUGAGCAUGUACACCAGCGACUCACCCAUCAGUUACCACGACGAUGAGGAGGAAGACGACAUCGCGGACGAGAGCGCUGAGGAGCAAUACAGGCAGAUCUGCAACAUGUACACCAUGUACAGCAUGCUGAACGCCGGGGCGGCAGUGGUGGGGGAGCGGGUGGAGGCUCUCCCAGAUUUGGCCCCUGACUCAGGGAGCGGGCGGGGGGGCAGAGGGGGCCGGUCCCGGCAGGACUUGGCCUCGCUGCCCGCAGAGCUCAUCAACCAGAUAGGGAACCGCUGCCACCCGAAGCUGUACGAGGAAGGUGACCCUGCAGAGAAACUGGAGCUGGUGAGCGGCACGUCGGUCUUCAUCUCCCGCGCCCAGCUCAUGAACUGCCACGUCAGCGCUGGCACCCGCCACAAAGUGCUACUCAGACGGCUGCUGGCGGCUUUCUUUGACAGGAGCACGCUGGCGAACAGCUGUGGGACUGGGAUCCGCUCAUCAACAAAUGACCCCAGCCGCAAACCUCUGGACAACCGAGUGCUGCAUGCUGUCAAAUUCUACUGCCAGAACUUUGCUCCCAGUUUCAAGGAGAGCGAGAUGAACGCCAUCGCCGCUGACAUGUGCACCAACGCGCGCCGCGUCGUCCGGAAGAGCUGGAUCCCCAAGCUCAAGCUGCUGAUGGCCGACAGCGACGCCUACUCCGCCUUCCUGGCCGACAGCGGGAAGAUGGAGGCUGACGUUCUGGGGGCGGAGCAAGGCUUCGAUGCCGCCUCACUGGAAGCAGUCGCGGCGGCGGCGGCUGCCAGCAGCAGCAGCGAGGUGGGAAGCGGAGCCGUGCCAGCAGACAGCAUGCAGGGAGCAGGAGCGGACGGCAGCACUUUGUUUUGAGUGAGUGAUCAGACCAACGGACGGAAAAAAAACAAACAAACAAAAAAAGAUGGAAGUAAGGAUGGUGAUGAGUCAGGAGCUUUGGCCGCCAUGACAGUUUGGGGACCCGUUUCUUCUUUUUCACCUCCCAAGAUCACUUUGUCGUGCUUUCCUGCCCCGGUAUGCUUAGAUGUUGGUCUCCCCAGUGAGACUGUCGCAGGCUGAUCUUCAGGUGGAGAUCGACAGAAGGAAACAGAGAAGAGUAGAGGAGCAAAGAAGUCCCCCCCCCGUCCCCCCACCUCUUCUCUUCUCUCCAAACUUCUCGUUUCAGCCUCUCUGUGGGCCGUUUUCUUAUCAUGAUCAAUCAUAGACAUUCCCUGGGGAGGGUGGGGGGUGGUAAUCCCCCUUUCCUCCCCCAAACUCCGGUAACACUGUUGUUUUUGAUAUUUGAAUGUAUGCGGGGGCGGAGCAUCCGAACGCCUGCGUGAGAUUGUGCUGAGCCCUUUAAGUUUGUUGGUUGUUUUGGCGCUCCAGGGGAGAGUGCGGGCGGGCUCCACGAGGACCUGGAGGAACCCCCCCCCAGGCCUCAGAGGUGCUGCUGAUUCAGCAGGUUUUAUUGGCUUUAUGACCAGAACCUUCCCUUAGUUUAAAAAUGUGUUUACUUUUUUUUUUUUUCGUCUUUUGUGUGAUAUUUUUUUUUCCAAGGCUCCCGAGGGAUAAAAGAGAUUUGUAACUAAGAGUUUGCGUGACAUAAAUGCACUGUGUUAUUUCUUGCCGGCUGAGUACAAUCGAACUAAGUUUUUGUACGUAUCAGAAAGAGAAGAGAGGCUUUUAUUUAGAAAAAAUCAAAAGAGAAAAAAAAAGAAGCUAAAAUCCAAUUUUUAUCCCACUUUUUUUUAAAGAAAAGUAGAAAGUCCAUCAGCGAGUUUCUCCUUGUGAGUACUUUUGUGUGUACGAGUUCCUGUUUUAAAUGGAUUUCCCUGAGAAUAUUUGCAUUCACUGGUAACAGCACAGUUCUCCCCAGGCCCGGUCCGGUGUGGGCUAAACGGCUCGGUGGGUCUGUGCUCGUCGGGUUAGACGCACAAGGCACGAGCGGGAAGUCAGACGAAGUCCUUUUGGCGCCGUCAGCUGCUUCAGGCACUAAAAAGCAACGUGGGAAUUAAAGAGUAAUUAUUCCCGAGGCUGCAGUCGCACACGCCAACAAUCAGGGUUUGUGUUACUGUGCAGAACAAUCAGGUCUGUUAGCUAAAAGAAUAAAAGUCAGAAAAACAGUUGAAAGAACCCUGAAAGUAAAUCCAGUCAUAUUUGAGAUCUUGGCAGACUAUUGGUUGAAUUCUGAAAAAAAAAAAAAAAAAA